AUGGAGACAUAUCACGGACACGUCCGCACACCUGCGGACGCGAUAAUUCUCUUCGAAGCCUGCCGUAUUGGCCUUCUCCCCCGCGUACAGAGACGACUCUCCGAAAAGGAACGACAAUCCAUCAGGUCCGGUUCGGUGUUCGUGUGGGAUGAACGGGAAGCAGGCAUGCGGCGAUGGACAGACGGCAAGUCAUGGAGUGCCAGUCGCGUAUCGGGCAGCUUCUUGACCUAUCGAGAGAUGGAAGGCAAACGGGGCGGGAACGGCGUGUCUCAAUCCUCCGUGUCCAGAGCCGGGAAGACUCCAGAAAGUACGCGUGGGAGCGACGACGGUCGAGGCGAUGGCGGCGAUGAGGGCCCCGAUGGGUAUCGCUAUAAACCGGACGGCCUCAUGAAGCAGUCCUUCAGUAUCACCACGUCCGCGGGUCAACAUCUCCAUCUUAUCGGCUAUUACUCCAGGUCGCAUCCGUCUGCGGCGAACCUGCAACAGCCAUCGACUGAUCCGGCACUGCGACAUGUGCGACCGCAGAAAGGCCUGUAUCCAGAAUCCACCGUCAAUGAUCAACAGAAUCUCCCAGUGGUAACUCGGGGCCCCAUGGCGGGUGCUACAUAUUCGAUCACUCCUCAUCCUAUGACUGCGUAUCCACGUUCGGGAGCCACACAUCCACAAUCAUAUCCAGGGCCGUAUGGCUGGCCUCCGACUCCUAUGGCUACUCCGCCUACUGUCACGGUCCCCUAUCCUUCGUAUCUCCCUCCGUUGACCGCUGCCAGCGGCCAAGUUGCAUACGGGCAGCAUCCGCAUCAUCAUCAACAUCAUCAACAACAGCAACAACAACAACAGCCACCACCACCGCCUCCUGCCCCAUUACCCCCGUCCUCGGCAGCCUUGCCUCCGCCUGCGCAAUCGGGUAUCCCGUCAGCCUACGAUCGACCACCGCCGCAAGCAGAAACCACCUUGGCCCCUCCCCUUCAACCAUCCACUGCACCGGCCCCGGCACUCCCUGUCUUCGCGUCUCGUUCUCCGCAUAUUUCUGAAUACCACGAUCCGCAUCCGAGAAGCCCUCAGACGUACGUGAACGACCACCGUCUUGCCUCCCCGCGGACAUCAACUACGGUCCCACCACCGAAUGGCACUGCACCGGCGCUGUACAGUCCACAUUCCCUCAAACCGGUUUCCACCCACGCGCCUCCUCCACCUUCACUUGCCAAACCGGUAGAGAUCCCCGUUUCAACGUCGGCCGCAGGACCUACGACGACCGUUCCCAGCAUCGGCUCAUUGAUGAAUACGCCGCAAUCCGCUCAUCCUCCACCACCUCCCGCCUCGUUGCCGCCCUCGACGACGGCACCUAUGCCACUUGAGGCCCCGCGUUUCGGAACAUUACCGCGGACGGGAGGGAGUCCCCUGGCGACGAGUCGGACGACGGAUGGGCCGAAGGAUAUUCCUAGCGAGAAGAUCGGGUUCGGAGGGGAAGACAUGAGGGCAUUGCGCCAAUUGGAUCGGGUUUUUAUUUGA